GGGGAUAGAUUCGCUCGAGAUCCCCGUCGUCGUUUCCUUGUCAGUGACCAGCGAGCAGCUAGCCGACCACCGGUCCACCGCCACUAGCAAACGCCCGGCUUAUCACGCGCGCCUUCGAGCUCGAGGUCGCCACCAGGCACCAGGCAAAGCCACUCCGAGCCGGGCACCGGCAGCGGCACCGCAGCCAAUGCCGCCCGCAGCAGCAGCGAUGAGCAAAUCCGGCGCCGUGUCCCGGCCUUGCUUCUUCCUCGUCGCCGCCGCGGCGUUGUGGGUCCUGACGCUCUACCUGCGCCUCCUCGCCGUGAUGAGCGUGCCCGGCGCGUUCACGGGGCGCGCGGCGUCGCUCGUCGCGGCCGAGGGGAACGGCAGCGGCAGCGGCGGCGAUCCCUGCCGCGGCCGGUACGUCUACAUCCACGACCUGCCCCCGCGGUUCAACGCCGACAUCCUCCGCGGCUGCGCCGCGGCCAGCGACCGGUGGGCCGGCAUGUGCGAGGACGUGGGCAACGCCGGCCUCGGGCGGCCGCUCUCCGGCGGCGCGCUCACGGGCGAGACCGGGUGGUACGCCACGCACCAGUUCGCGCUGGACGCCAUCUUCCACGCCCGGGUGCGCCAGUACGGCUGCCUCACCAACGAUUCCUCCGCGGCGGCCGCCGUGUUCGUCCCCUUCUACGCCGGCUUCGAGUUCGCCCGCCACGUCUGGGGCUACGACAACGCGGCGCGGGACGCCGCCGCGCGCGACCUGGCGCGCUGGCUCGCGCGGCGGCCCGAGUGGCGCCGGGCCGGCGGCCGCGACCACUUCCUCGUGGCGGGGCGGACCGGGUGGGACUUCCGGCGAGACGCCUACCCCAACGCCACCUGGGGCACCAACCUCUUCCUCCUCCCGGCCGUCAAGAACAUGACCUUCCUCGUCGUCGAGACGGCCACCAUGGGCUGGGGCAACGACCUGGCCGUGCCGUACCCGACCUAUUUCCACCCGCGCACCGACUCCGACGUGCUCAACUGGCAGCACCGGAUCCGGAACGCCGACCGCUGGUGGUUCAUGUCCUUCGUGGGCGCGGCGCGGCCGGACGACCCGCGCUCGAUCCGGUCGCAGGUCAUGGACCAGUGCCGUGCGUCGCCGGCGUGCCGGCAGCUCGGGUGCGCCUCCGGGACGGCCCAGUGCCACUACCCGGGCGACAUCAUGGUGCUGUUCCAGAGCUCCACCUUCUGCCUCCAGCCGCCGGGGGACUCGGCGUCGCGGCGGUCCACGUUCGACGCCAUGGUCGCCGGCUGCAUCCCGGUGUUCUUCCAGCCGCGGUCAGCGUACCUCCAGUACAGGUGGCACCUGCCCAAGGACCACGCCACGUACUCGGUGUUCAUACCGGCGGAGAGCGUGCGCUCCGGGAACGUGAGCGUCGAGGCGGAGCUGAGGAAGAUACCGGCGGCGGCAGUAGAGAAGAUGAGGGAGGAGGUCAUCAAGCUCGUGCCGAGGCUGGUGUACGCCGACCCGAGAUACAAGCUCGAGACUGUCAAGGACGCGUUCGACGUCGCCAUGGAUGGCGUCUUGGAGAGAAUAGCGGAGCCGCCGGAGAGGCAAAUAGGGUCCUACUGGCGGUGAACACCGCUGGAGCCAGCGAUGGACGACAACCUAAGUUUCUUAAUCUUGUUCUAAAGUAAAACGUAUUUUAAGAGGGAAAAAAUACUAGAUAUAGAUUUGUUAGACUAGUCUCAUUGGAGAGUGUCAUCACACAGUUACUAAAACUGUGAACUAGGUAACUGAGCCGGAGGAGUGUACUCCCCCCUCCUCGGUCUUCAUAAUGAGCCUAUCACGUCAGUAAAUUUAAUGUUCAUGACACAAUUAUGACACUUCCAUUAAAAAUGGCCUUAGGAAAUCAAGUCUCGCUUAGCUCAAUCUACCAAGCCAUGUUAAAUGAUGGUAAAGACUUUACUACCUUAAAUGAUUCUUAGAAGAGGAAUCAUUCACAUUUCAUCCUUCAGUUACUAAUAAGACUGGCCAAGUGUUCCGAACCA